AUGGAUAGCCUAUAUGGGGAUUUACCCCCCCCAGUAUCAAAUAGCAGCAGCAAACUUGGGAAAAAUAACGACAAAAAUGAAAAUGGUUCUUCCAGUGAAGCAAAUAAGAACAACUUUAUUGAAAUAAAUAAAUUUCUCAUCACACCAGCCAUUAUACAGAAGAAAAUUGCAAACAUAAAAAAUGUGAAUAAAGAAGUGGAUAGUGAGCAAAAUGACAGGAAAGAGGAGGCCGAGAAAUAUCGCAAGCAUAACCAUAUCAACGCAGGUGAAGAUAGCUGUGACAGUGACAUUUACGUCGAUCCUGAUGUAGGAGGACGUAAUGAAGAGAGGGCCACUUCACUGUGCGAAAAAAGUACUCCCAAUGGGGAGAAAACCCAGGGGAAGGAAGACACACACAUUGAAAAAAUAAUUAACAUAAACAAAUUAGUACAGGAUGACUUAAAAAAAAUCAGUGACAGACUGCACAAAAUUCAACGCAGUAAUAAUCGGCCUGAACAAAAUAUCUCCACAAAUCACCUGAACGGUCAGGUAAUUUCCGCAAAAGUGGAAAAAAUUAAAAACAUCGAAAUGAACAUAAAAAAGGCAAAGUUACAAGACCACAUCAGUGGCAGUGGUAGUAACAGAAACAACGCAGGUGUAGGGGAAGCAACAAGCCCUCCCACUGAAUAUUUCCAAACCGAACUGUACGAAAAAUACUUCAUUUCAAACGCGAAUGAAGAUUAUGAUCCGAACAGACCAAACGAUUUGAACAAAAUUAUAAAAGAAAGGAAAAGGAAAAAAAUAAUCAUGCUAGCUGCACAGAAGAAAAAGCUAGAAGAGGAAAGACAACUGGAAGAAGCAAACAAAAUGGACAGUAAAAAUGAACAUAAAGAAUAUGAUCGGAAAAAAAAUUAUUAUAAAUAUGACCAACCAAAUGGUGCCAUUGCUGGAAGUAAAUUCCCAUUCGAGUCUGAUCAUAACAGGAGUUACACAAAUAGUGGAAUGCCACUACUACAUGAUGCGGACACAGAACGGAAUAGGGGUAACCUAUAUAACCACUACGAUAUAAGCGGAAGGAACUUCGUUCCUAGAGGGGAUUACAACCCCAGGGAGCGCACCGAAUGGGACACACCUUCAUAUGACGAUAAAGAAUAUGGAAAGGACAAAAAAACGAGUGAGAAAUUUUACGAAAAUGUUAAUCGAACCAAAUUAUCAGAUCCAAGUAAUGAUGAUUACAAGAUGAAAAAUAAAGAAAUGGCAAAUGACACAAGUGGAGAGGUAGCCGCUCCAGUGAAAAAAGAUUUUGCUACAAGGAUGAUGGAAAAAAUGGGAUGGAAGAAAGGAGAAGGGUUGGGAAAAGACAAGCAAGGUAUUACGGCACCUUUAAUUCUGCAAAAGGUCGACAAGAGAAGUGGUGUAAUUGUGCAGGCACCUGAUAUUUUAAAAAAACAUAAAUCCGGUGAUGGUCAGGAGGACAAUAAUAAUGAUGGUAAUUCCUUUUCAAAAUCGAAUGCAAACUUAGCACAUUCUAAUAAUGCUCUAAGUAAUAACACGUCUAGGAUUAUUCGCCUGUCCAAUCUCGUCACCAAAGACGAAGUUGACGACACGCUCAAGGAAGAAAUAGAAGAGGAAGCCUCCAAAUUUGGAAACCUGCUAAACAUAAAUAUUGCUAUCGAUAAAAACUUAACUGAUGCCCAUGCCGUUAAAAUAUUCUGUGAGUACGAAUCGAACGAUCAGGCGCAGAAUGCUUUGAACACAUUCAAGGGUAGAACUUUCGCCGGCAGGAAAGUCGAGGCCAUCUUCGCCACCGAGGAGGAGUACCUCUCAUAUGAUAAAACCCCCUAA